AUGGCAUCAUCAAACGCCUAUAACGAAGAAGUCAACUCUACAGACUCCAACCCCCGACUAAACGAUUGCUUCACCUUUGAAUUUGACAACGCCAAUGGAGACCUUGAGGCCGUCGAAUGGUCUGUCCACGCCAAUCCGAACAACACCGAGACUGGUUACGACGUCAGAGGUCGAAACUUCACCAGCGGAAAUACGUGGACUUACGGCCAGCAAACGAUCGAAUCUUUGGAAUGGCAGUAUGAAGAAGGGUGUCAAAGGCUGUAUAGCGCGCUGACGGGAAGAGCGCCGAGGCUACCUAAGCAGAGUGAAUUCAUUAUUCCAGAGAGGACCGCUGAUGGACGACGUUCUCCCUCUGCCGGCACGAUGGUGGCGAUCUGGAAGACCAGAGAGGCAGAGGGUGAAAGGCCAACUGAGUGUGCACUCCUGAUCAGUCACUAUGAAGCGUUUGAGGGUUUCGAGAAGAUGACUAUUGAUCAAGUCAGGAUGUGCGCUACCCUGGAUGAUGAUGUGGGCGAGGCAGCUAAAGCCCUGCUCGAAGAGCGUGAGCGUGAAGCGUAG